AAACACUACACACUUGUAUGCUGAAUAAUAGCAUACCCACCUUGGGUCUGCUAAAUAUUAAAUUUGUGAUUUCUGAUUGUUUAUGUUGUUCGAAGAAAAAAUCAAUUAAACACUACAGAAACAGUGGACAGCGAUGUGGCUUGACUGGUUCUUUCCCAUCGAGAUGCUCGUUGUAGGUUUGAGUGGUGGUGUUGCAACUGGAAAGAGCACAGUCUCGAGUGUCUUCAGAGCUCACGGAGUUCCAAUCAUCGAUGCGGAUCAAGUGGCUAGGCAAGUUGUCGUUCCUGGAACUUCUACCUACAACCGACUGCGAAAAGAAUUUGGAGACGAGUAUUUCGACGAUGAGCACGGGGGCGUUUUGCGACGGGAUAAGCUGGGAAAACUGAUUUUCAGCAAUCCAGAGAAGCGGAAGGCAUUGAAUGGAAUCACUCAUCCAGCGAUCCGUUGGGAGAUGUUCAAGCAAUUUCUGACACUGCUGAUCACUGGAACAAAGUACAUCGUCUUCGAUACUCCACUCCUCUUCGAAAGCGGAUAUGACAAAUGGAUUGGAACUACGAUCGUUGUUUGGUGCGACUUUGAGCAAGAAGUUGAACGAAUGGUGACUAGGGACAACAUUUCUCGAGCUGAUGCGGAAUCAAGAAUUCAUGCUCAAAUGGACAUUGAAGAAAAAAAGAAACGCGCCAAGAUCGUCAUCGACAACAAUGGAAACAUCGACGAGCUCCGGGAGAAAGUAAAACACGUCAUCGCUCAAUUGGACAAGUCGUGGAAACCAUACAUUUUCCGAGUUGCAUUCGGGAUCAUCCUCGGCGUCGUUCCAUACUACUUCUUCAAAUAUAUCCGAUCUUAAGCUUGUUCUACUGUAUAUGUACAUGAAAACUGUGAUUGAUUGUGAUCAAGAUUUAUUUAAUUAAAAAUCACUAUUUUGUAAAAAUGUUUAAAAAAAGAGCAUUUGGAAAUAAAUGUAGACUAUCUUG